GUUUUGUCCUCAACUUUCUGCGGAGUUUUAUUCGUCGAAAGUGUAACAUCCAAAAGCGGAAUGGGAACGGACGACGUGGCCAGAAGUGAAAAAGUCCGCGAAGGCUUUCAAAUAAACUGGUUGAUUCUGCGGGAUGCCGACACCGGUAAGAUAAUCUGGCAGGAGAACAAAGACUUUUCCUGUCCGGAUGUGGAGCACGAAGCGCGGGUGCCGAUAAAAAUUUUGGACCUGAGGGCCGUCUCGAGGGAGAUCAACUUCAGCACGGUAGAAUCGAUGGAGAACUUUCGGCUGGAUCAGAAGGUCCUCUUCAAAGGUCGCAUCAUGGAGGAGUGGUUCUUCGAGAUGGGUUGGGUCAGUCCGAAUACAACCAACACGUGGCAGUCGACGAUUGAAGCCGCACCCGAAUCGCAGAUGAUGCCGGCCAAGGUACUCAACGGAAAUGUGACCAUCGAGACGAGUUUCUACGAUGGCGAAACGCUUAUCAGCAAAUCGGUCGUAAGGUUGUACUACAUCUAAGCAAUAACGAUAACAGGUAAGACAGCGUUACAUCUAGUCCAGGGCCUGACUAGCGUGUGGUCGUUUGAAUGACUGAGACCUUGAUGACCCUUGUCGCCGCCAGAGCUCCCAGGGAUCAUAUGAAAUACGAUAAAAUUUAAAACACUAAUUAGGAUAGCCCCCAAGUCCUUUUUCGUGUAGAGCUUUGCGUGCACUUGCAGCACUUCAAAAACAGAACGACUCACUCAGAUCACAAAAGAUUGACCUAAAUAGCAUUUAUAGUCGAAAUGAAGAAAAUUUAAGCAACGGACAUCGGACAGAUUGAAAACUGAUUCAUUGGUUUUCUGUUUCGGUGUGACGCCGGGAAGACGCGUAACAGCAGCACUAUUUAAGGCAUUUUUUACAUUUAACAGUAAGCUACUCUCUAGGUUAUCACUUAGUUUUAUACAAAAGAAAGAUGAGGUGUAUUAAAGUACGCUGCACUACGAUCUGUUUUCUAAUUUGUAAGUCUAAAAGCAGUUCAAAAUCUAGUUCGAUGCAUUGAAUA